UUUUGUUUUUUUGUCUCACUAUGCAGGGCUGACUGACCUGGAGCUCAUAAAGAUCCUCCUGCCUCUACCUCCAGUGUAUUGAGAUGAAGGGCAUGCCCCACACCACAAACUUCCUUCCUGAGUCUUUUGGAGCCUCCACCCAGGAUGAAAUCGCUACAUAGCAGGGCAAAGCUUUAGCAAUUACUCCAGGUGGCAAAUUGAAUUCCACAAGAAAAAAAACUGAAUCUGGAGGAUAAAGUCAACGUGACAAAAGCCAUAAAUGCACAUGUGACUAAAGUCAGGUUCUCCCAUUUCUUUAAGAGAAUACAAGCAAUGAUUACAAUAAAUGUCCUAGCGGAUUUGUAGUGUUUCCUCCACAUGAUGUAAGAAAGCAGUAAACUGUACUGGAAUGGAGUUGCCAUAGCUCACUGGGACUAAGUUAGUAACGCUGUCUCUGGAGAGGGAAGAUGUGGAUGGUAAGCCCUAGAACAACUAAGACAGAAAUCAACUUUUCAAAAGUGAAAAGGUAUCAUUAAAGACAUUUCAUCGAGAGACUUGAGACCCCAGAAUGGGAGGAGGAACUGUGGGAGGGGAACUGAGAGGGGAGCAAUGACUGGAAUGCAAAUAGUAGUAAAAUAAUAAUAAUAAUAAUGAUGAUAAUAAUAAUAAUGAUAAUAAUAGUUUAAUUUAAAAAGAAAAAAGAAAUCUCAAUGCUAUUUCAUAGUCACUGGAUGCAUAAGAAAGCCAUAAAAGAGGGAUAGAGUGGGAAAAAAAGAAAACAAAAUAUGGCAGACAAAUCUAACUGCAUAAUACCUAUGUUAAAUGUGAUUAGGUUAAACAAUCAGGAUGUAGAUUGUUACACUAGAUUUUUUUUUGUUUUUUGAUUUUUUUAGAAACAAGAUUCAAUAAAAUUCUGUCUAGAAGAGACAGCAUUAGAUUUACUGGCAAUGCUUAUGUAAGUAUCAACAGGAUAAAGACUGUAUCAGACAAAAAUAACUUCAAAGUAAAACCAUUACUAGUGAAAUCCAGAGUUCUAGUUUCAUGCUGUGGUUGUGAUAAAAUACUCUAGGGGAAGAAAGGAUUUAUUUGGUUGAUACUCCCAGGCCACAAAUCCAUCACUGAAGGAAGUCUGGGCAAGAACUCAAGCAGGAACUCAAAGAGAGUUCCACAUACUCUUACCCUUAACCAGGAAACUCACUCACUGUUGAGAAAAUAGAGCAGAAAUCACAGAGUGUAGGCUUAGAGUUUUCAAAACCUACUUUAAAUAAAGGUUCUAGUUCACCACCCAACAGAGGUAGUGGAAAGGAAAGGUUAACAGGGCAAAGGUAGACGUGGACCUGGUUAGAAAUGUUCUUUGGGGUGAUUCUAAUCUUCAUGUCAGGAUAUUAGCAGUUCAGUUUACACGAAUUAGCAGCAGGAGCUCGAUCUACUUGCAAACAUCAUUCACAAAUUACCAAUGGCAAUUUGAUCCAGAAGAAACUCCAAGAGUCUGCCAAUUGGCCAGACUCCACAAAAGAGGCUUCUUGUUGCCAGAAUUUCUUUGGUGCAUCUCUCUACGAAGUCACAACAAUAAUCAGUAAAUAAGGCAAGGCAAACCAAUGCCACAGUUCAAUCAGUGAAGACCAGUGUCAGCAAAGACCAAUGAAGACCAGCAAAGAGUAGCAAGGUUAACCAAUGCCACAGUCUUGUCCACUGUCUUCUAGGUUAUAUUUACACCCUUUCCAAACAUCAUAUGUCUGCUUUAGCAAAACAUCAUAUGCCCCCUUUCUAGGUAGCUUCCAGAAAAAUACCACAUGCCCGUUCUCAACAAAACAUCCUCUCAUAAAACAGUUUCCAGAAAACCAUCACAUGACACAACUAAGUCUCCAAAGAAACCAAAAAUUUAGUGGAGCAAUACUCUUCACUGGAAUGCUCAUGGGCUCAAGUUUAGCUAGCUGUCUUGUACAGUCCAAUGCUAUCUGCCCAGGGAAUGGUGUUGCUAGCAUUGGGCCCCCUACCUGAAUUAACAACCAAGACAUGCCCAUAAAUCAAUCUAAUCAAAGAAAUGCUGUGAGUGAGAUGCCUUUCUCUGAUGACUCUAAGCUAUGUCAAGUUGACAAUUAGAGCUAAUUAGGACACAGAGUUACACUUUUUGAACUGUUACAAAUAUACAACAUUGGCAAGUAUAUCCACAUUAACAACAGGGAAUCAAAUACAGCACAGAUAGUAAAAAUAAAUGAAAAGGAAAAGAUACCUCAACAAUAGCUGAAGGCUUUGGGACCCGGUUUUCUGUUUCUGUUUGUUUGUUUGAGACCAAGUCUUCUGUAGCUCAGGGUGAGACAGCAAGCCAAGCUCACCAAGCAAAAGGGAAUGACCCUGGACACCUGAUCCCACCUACCUCCCACACUGCCCAAACACUGAGAUUAUAGGUGUGAACUACUAUAUCUGGUUCUAAGACUCAACUGUCUUCCUUUCUUGCAUGUUGCCUGUGUGUGUGUGUGUGUGUGUGUGUGUGUGUGUGUGUGUGUGUGUGAUGGAAUUUAGGGCAUCACAGGUACUAUGCAAGUGUUCUACCACUGAGCUAUAGUCUGACUAAUUUUCUAUUAGACAUUUGGCUUGAGAUUAAGCAGAUACAUAUAAUUAUUCAUGUGCUAUUUCAUUUAAUUCUUAUAAUUAUUUAUGCAAUGAGAACCUUUCUCAUGUUAUUGAUUUUACAAAUCAGUAAGGUAAAACAAAUCAAAUAAGUUGGUCACAGUUACACAGUAAAUGAUGAGGUCUACAGCUUUUUAAACAUUGUUCUAGCUACGGUCUCAUUAUUUAUAUAGAUAGUGCAAAGCUGAUAUAAAUAGGCCAGAGCUUGAUGCAAGGACAAGGACACAACGGAAUUACAAAAAUGCUUACAGAAUUAAGUAAAAAUUACUAAGUGUUACAUGCAAAAGAAAAUUGUGUAGAUGAUCUAUUCUGAGGGUAUAAAAAGACUAGAACAAAAUUUCUGCCCCCUCCAUGCAUCUAGAUCUUAUUCUUUUCUUAUACUGUUGUCAAAUAGCAAGGGCAAUUACCCAAGCUAAGGCACUUUUAAAAUACAGUACAGAGGGUAGAACCCAGGACUAUAUACAAACUACCCAUGUGCUUUACCAUUGAACUCAUUCCUCAAGCAAAACACUCUUAAGUGACUUUCUCUUACCUACAUCCAAUCCAUUAGUGAGUGAUAUAGCCCGUUCUUUCAAUAUAUAUCCCCUCUAACCACAUUUCCAUUCUUACAUCCAUCUAAACUACCACUCUCUCUCUCAGUAAGAUUGCUGCACUAGCCUAAUUAGUUUACUUCUUCACUGAAGAGAACCAGAUCCCUUGCAAUCUAUCUCCACAAAGCAGCCAAAUAAAUCUUCUAAAACAAAUUUAAUCAUGUCACUCUGUGAUCCUCAACUUACUCCACGCAAAAUUUGACAACUAUUAUGUGAAAAAAGCAAAUGACAUUGUGUACACAAGUGUGGAAAUUUAAUAUUUUACAUAGGAAAAGGCUAAAAAUAAACCAACAUGUUCGUGUUGGUUCAAUGCAGAUAAUGGAGAGUGAUUUUUCUUUACUUUGAGCUUGCCCAAUUUCACAAAUGCACAGAACUGCUUUAAAACAACAAAAAAUUAAGAGUAAGACAGGCAUGAUGCCUCAAGCAUGUUAACAGCAGUUUGGCGUCUUCCCACAAAGCUCCAAACCCCAGUUCUAAACCUAAGUGCUGUCUAAAUGGCUUCUACAUUCUUCAAAGACACAUGGAAACUACAAGAAUUAAAGGGUUUUACGAUGCUUGUAAUUUGUUUGUAGUCUGUUACAACUAGCCUAUUAAGAGCUCGCUGGGAUCCAUGCUAAUCGUGUACGAAAGUAAUAGCUUUCCACAGAAACAACAUAUUUCAAAUAUAUUUUCCAAUUAUUUAAAGAACGCCCAUCUCGUAUGGAAUAAUACUUGAAGCAACCACAGAUGGUGGAAAAAGAUGAAGCGUUCACAAAGCCACGCUUGCCUCCAAAGCCUCAACUUUUUGCAUUGUCUGCUGGCGGCUUGCCAAGCGCUGUGGUCUCCACGGUGUCACCGAACAGGGCGGUCCUCUACUUGAGGGCUCCAGGGGUGCGCACAGACGCAAUCUUGGCAAGCCGCUCUGCUGACGUUGCGGCAGAAGAGAGGUCCGGGCUGAGGCCGGGAGGCGGGACAAGUUGAGCAGGAGCUGGGAACUGGCAAGGCCUCUUUACAGCUGCCCGCCGCAGUACUAAAGCAACAACCACCGCCGGUCGCUUUGAACACGCCCACGCUUUCUCCUGGACCUCAGUUCCUGCACUGAAACACUCAAACUUCCACACAGACUGGCGCUCUAGCGCGGACUCGGAGUGCCGCUUUUCUCUACGUGCUUUGCACAUGCGCGACUGCUUUUCCCUUCUUCCUCCGCUCCCACUGGCGUCUACGGUUCGCGGAGCCGCCGCCAGCACCGCGGAGAAGUCGGGAAGUUCAAGAUGGCCGCCACGGAGCCCCCGUCGCUGCGGGAGCAACCUGAGAUGGACGAUGCUGAUAAUUCUGAAAAGAGUGUAAAUGAGGAAAAUGGAGAAGUAUCAGAAGACCAGUCUCAAAAUAAACACAGUCGUCAUAAAAAAAAGAAGCAUAAACACAGAAGUAAACAUAAGAAACAUAAACAUUCCUCAGAAGAAGAUAGGGAUAAAAAACACAAACACAAGCAUAAGCAUAAGAAACACAAAAGAAAAGAAGUUCUCGAUGCCUCUGACAAGGAAGGCCUGUCCCCUGCCAAAAGAACUAAACUUGAUGAUUUAGCUUUGCUGGAAGACUUGGAAAAACAGAGAGCCUUGAUCAAAGCUGAGCUCGAUAACGAGUUAAUGGAGGGGAAGGUCCAGUCUGGAAUGGGGCUCAUUCUGCAGGGCUAUGAGUCUGGCUCUGAAGAAGAAGGAGAGAUUCACGAAAAGGCAAGAAAUGGAAAUAGGUCCAGUACCAGGUCUUCCAGUACACGGGGAAAACUUGAAAUUACAGACAACAAAAAUAGUGCAAAAAAACGAAGUAAGAGCAGAUCCAAAGAACGAACUAGGCAUAGGUCAGACAAAAGGAAGAGCAAGGGAGCUGUCGAAAUGAUGAGAGAAAAAGCAAACAGGAGCAAGUCUAAGGAGAGGAGAAAAUCCAAAAGUCCAUCCAAAAGAAGCAAAUCUCAAGACCAAGCAAGAAAAUCAAAGUCCCCUACCCUUAGACGGCGGUCCCAAGAGAAGGUGGGGAAGGCUAGAUCUCCUGCUGACGAGAAGAUUAAGAGUGAAGAGAAAGGUAAAAUAAAGGAUAGGAAAAAAUCACCAAUUGUAAAUGAAAGAAGUCGAGAUAGAUCUAAAAAAUCCAAGUCCCCAGUUGACUUAAGAGAUAAAUCCAAAGACAGAAGGUCGAGGUCCAAAGAGCGGAAGUCAAAACGAUCUGAGAUUGACAAAGAAAAGAAGCCAAUUAAAUCACCUUCAAAAGAUGCUUCUUCUGGGAAGGAAAAUAGGUCACCCAGUAGAAGACCUGGCCGUAGUCCUAAAAGAAGAAGUUUGUCUCCAAAACAACGAGACAAGUCAAGAAGAAGUAGGUCUCCGCUUCUCAAUGACAGGAGAUCUAAGCAGAGCAAAUCACCUUCUCGAACUCUCUCUCCAGGCAGAAGGGCCAAGAGCCGAUCCUUAGAAAGGAAACGGAGAGAACCAGAGAGGAGACGGCUUUCUUCUCCGAGAACACGACCUCGAGAUGAUAUCCUUGGUAGAUGUGAACGAUCAAAGGAUGCCAGCCCCAUUAACAGGUGGUCUCCAAGCCGAAGAAGAAGUAGGUCUCCCAUUAGAAGGAGAUCCCGUUCCCCAUUGAGACGCAGCAGGUCUCCUAGAAGAAGAAGCAGGUCUCCUCGAAGAAGAGAUAGGAGUCGAAGGAGCAGGUCACGCUUGAGAAGAAGAUCUCGAUCACGGGGUGGUCAUAGGAGAAGGAGCAGAAGCAAAGUAAAGGAAGAUAAAUUUAAAGGAAGCCUCUCGGAAGGAAUGAAAGUUGAGCAAGAGUCUUCGUCUGAUGAUAACCUUGAAGAUUUUGAUGUGGAGGAAGAAGAUGAAGAGGCUGUAAUAGAACAGAGAAGGAUACAGAGGCAAGCAAUUGUGCAGAAAUAUAAGUAUCUUGCGGAAGAUAGCAAUAUAUCUGUGCCAUCUGAGCCAAGCAGCCCCCAGAGCAGCACAAGAUCACGGUCCCCUUCGCCAGACGACAUCUUGGAGCGGGUAGCUGCUGACGUAAAAGAAUAUGAGCGGGAGAAUGUUGACACAUUUGAAGCCUCAGUAAAAGCCAAGCAUAAUCUAAUGACAGUUGAACAGAAUAAUGGCUCAUCUCAGAAGAAGCUUUUGGCACCUGAUAUGUUUACAGAAUCCGAUGAUAUGUUUGCUGCUUAUUUUGAUAGUGCUCGUCUCCGGGCCGCUGGCAUUGGGAAAGAUUUCAAAGAGAAUCCCAACCUCAGAGAUAAUUGGACAGAUGCAGAAGGCUAUUACCGUGUGAACAUCGGGGAAGUCCUAGAUAAGCGCUAUAAUGUAUAUGGCUACACUGGGCAGGGUGUGUUCAGUAAUGUAGUCCGUGCCAGGGAUAAUGCAAGAGCCAAUCAGGAAGUGGCUGUAAAGAUCAUCAGGAACAAUGAACUCAUGCAAAAGACUGGUUUAAAGGAACUAGAGUUCUUGAAGAAACUGAACGAUGCUGAUCCUGAUGACAAGUUCCAUUGCCUACGCCUCUUCAGACACUUUUACCACAAACAGCAUCUCUGUCUUGUAUUUGAGCCUCUCAGUAUGAAUUUGCGAGAGGUAUUAAAAAAAUAUGGUAAGGAUGUCGGUCUUCAUAUUAAGGCUGUACGAUCGUACAGUCAGCAGUUGUUCCUGGCAUUGAAACUCCUUAAAAGAUGUAAUAUCCUACAUGCAGAUAUCAAACCAGAUAAUAUUCUGGUUAAUGAAUCCAAAACAAUUUUAAAGCUUUGUGAUUUUGGAUCGGCGUCACAUGUUGCAGACAAUGACAUAACGCCUUAUCUUGUCAGUAGAUUUUAUCGUGCUCCGGAGAUCAUUAUAGGUAAAAGCUAUGACUAUGGUAUCGAUAUGUGGUCUGUAGGUUGUACCUUAUAUGAACUCUAUACUGGAAAAAUCUUAUUUCCUGGCAAAACUAAUAACCACAUGUUGAAGCUCGCCAUGGACCUUAAAGGAAAAAUGCCAAAUAAGAUGAUCCGGAAAGGUGUAUUCAAAGAUCAACAUUUUGACCAAAAUCUGAACUUCAUGUACAUAGAAGUUGAUAAAGUAACAGAGAGGGAGAAAGUUACUGUCAUGAGCACCAUUAAUCCAACUAAGGACCUAUUGGCUGACUUGAUUGGGUGCCAGCGACUUCCUGAAGAUCAACGUAAAAAAGUACACCAGCUAAAGGACUUGUUGGACCAGAUCCUAAUGUUGGACCCAGCUAAGCGAAUUAGCAUCAACCAGGCCCUGCAGCAUGCAUUCAUCCAGGAAAAAAUUUAAAUGAGAUGAAGAAACUCCAAGGGUUUGAGUAAUUAAAUACAAAGACUGAAGAAAUUUCACAGCAGUUUAUUAUUAAUGUAUAUAAACUUAUAAAUAUUUCUGCAGCAAAUUUGAGGAAGCAUGAUAUAUUUGAAUUAACACCGAGGGUGAUAUUUCUUUUAGAAAUGUUAGUUAAUCUGUUUUGUGUCUUAUGUGAAAUUUCACUGUAGAAAUGUUUUAAUUGCCAAGACUGCACAGAAUUACAGUGCUAAUGUACAUGGUUGCAGUUCACAUAAAGACAAAAAGCAUCUGUUAUGAGUAGCAGUGCUGGGUGGUUGAUUUGUUCUUAGCAGACUUGGCUUCAGUUUGCUCUUCAGAUACAAUGGCCAGCAUAAAUGCUGUUUAUAUUCACGUUUCCCUAGGUGUGUGUGUGCAGGCCACAGCAGCAUGCCCUUGGUGUAGUCAGUGCCGAAGGGAGUCUGUUCCUUCUUGAGCCUGCCUGCAGGGAUGUCUCCUCUUUUAAAGCAGGUUGUGUACAACAUUCAGUACACUGAAGGUAAGCUAAACCAUCAACAUCACCAGUGUUUUAAGAUGUUAUUUUAUUGGAAUAAUUGAAAAUGAGGGAUAGCUUUGUGGCGGAAUUCCCUGCAUGUGUGAUAACUGAUCUUGUUUUCUUUUUUCGCAUCGCGACUGUGGCAUAGUUACAGUUUCUGUUCUGUUCAUCACAUUUAAAAUUCGAAGCGUAUGCGCUUGAUGGGUAGAGCGCCUUCAGUGUACUGUUUCCUAUUAACUUUACUUUUUUUUAAAUCAACUUGCUAUAGACUUUAUACAUUUUGUUAAAUACAGUUCUUAGUGACAUAGAAACUGCAUAGUUUUCAUUUACUAAUUAAAAUGUUGAGGCCUACUUCCCAAAGUCCUCAUAUUUAAAAGAUAGACAACAUAAUGAGAUUUUUAACUAUUUGUAUGUCAUUUUGGAAGUGUACUGCUUUAUGGUAAACGUGUUUUUCAUUUGUUCAUUGUUUGCAUUAUUUGUGAUCAUGUUGUCUUUCAAUACAGGCAUAAACCUUCCACUCUUGAACAAAGCAGCUGCUUUUUAAAAGCGGUAAUUGCUUCUUUACCUUUUAUUUCUUUUGUAAAUGAAGCUUUUCUUUUAAAAUGUGACUUUAAAGUGUUGUCUAUUGCAUAAACAGUUGACACUCACUUACUGUAAUGAGAAGAUUGUUCUACUGCAUGGGAAGUGGACCAUGCAGAUUUCUGUAUGUUCUCAGUAUGCAUCACUAGAUAAUAAAGUCUUUUGUGAACAAGGCAUUUGUAGCCAUUUUUAAAAGAUUUUGUCUUCAGUGCUGGUAAGUCAGGUAAACUGUAAAUAGUUAAAGCAGUCUUUGUUUUUCUUCUGAAAGUAUUACCUGCUAAAGAUGUAACUCAUAGCCUCAUUUUUUAACUUUUUUAAAUAAUUAGGGUCUUAAUUAUUUCAUCCAGAAAAAGUCCUUCAGAUUUUGUCAGCUUUCAGUGUAGUGAGGGUAUUCCUCAGUGUAGUAGGUUACGGGAUAUAAUUCAGGAUUUAACUAAUGUUUCUGCUAUUUUCUCACUUUUCCUUUUGAUGGUGCGGAAAGAGAAAAAGGAAAGCGGGGCACAGGCCAUUCGACGCCUUCUCCAAGGGGUCUGAUUUGCUGCGACACCAGCUUCACCUUCUUAACAAGGUUAUUUCUGACAGCAUGUGUAGAUAAACAUUUAGCAACAAUUUAAAACACAAUCAUGUAAAUCAGCUUGGUUUUGCGACCCAAAGGAUUUUGUGUUUUUAAGAUGGUAGAGAGAAUUUUUAAAAUCCUGUGUAAUCUUUUCUGUUUGGGAGUGGGUAAACUUACUGUUUGUCUCCCUGAGGAUUAUGGAGAACAAUAACAUUUGGGGGUUUAAAUAGUAUUUUUACAUUGUAAAUGGGAUUUUUUUAUUCACCCAGGCACCUAAUUACAACAAGCAUGCACAUUUUGGUGCAUUCAAGAAUGGAAUAUCAGAAUAGCAGCAUUCUCCUGGUGGGUUAUGCUCCAUUUAAAGACAUGAAAUGAACUACACAGCCAGGAAGGUGAUAGAUGAGAUAAUAAAGCACCUAUGAACCUACACCCGUCUCCUCAUGGUUAGACUAACUAAAGUAAACACACGGUGAUCCAGCUACAGGUAGAGUGAAGCCUUUUAAAUGAGGCGUCACGGGCGCAGCAUCCAACUUACUGACAUGGGUAGGGAUUUUCCCACCACGACCACUGUACUUUGGUGCUAGUAUGCUGCAUAUUCACUCAAAAUAGUUAAUGCUUUCCUUCUAGUAAUUUUCAUGGCUUCGUUUUAUAGUUACUUAAUAAGUUAAUUUCCACUAGAAACAUCUUAUGCCUUCAAAGCUUUUGCCUGCUCUUUAAAAAAAACAAAGUUGCUUGUUACUUGUUCUUUGUGUUUUAGGUGCUGCUCACUGGAAGAUGACGGCAGCCAGAAGACAUGAGCCAAGGUUUCUGUCUCAUAAAAGAUCUUUUCAAUUCUCAUUUAGUGUGUGUCUGACUUGUAGUUUCAGCAUUAUAGUUUGGGUUUCUUCGCUGUGGUUAUUAGAGCAGUGCUAUUGUGCCCAUCUGUAAAGUGUUCCUUGUGUAUCAUAAUUUCUGCAGGUACACCCUUCCGCGAAAAUAAAAAGCAAGUUUAGUCUCAAAAAGCCCACAUUUCAUAGUUGUCAGAAUUAGGUCCUAAAGAUCACUACAAAAAAAUAGCUGUCUGGUUAGUGUACAUUCGAAAGUAGUCUGCAUGUUGGGUGUGGUGGCCGCAUCUGUAACCUCAGCACACACGUCUGUAAUGUAGGUAGAAGGAUGUGGGAUUCAAGGUCUGCCUGGCCUAUAGGAGCUUCUUUAAAAAAAAUGCUUUGGCUUUAAGCCGGUGCCUAUAUCAUAAGAGUAGCCUAGGAUUUUAACGAGCUGGUCGACUCCUUUAACAGCUCUUCUUUGUCUUAGUCCUUUGUGACCAGCUCUUUAGUGUCAGAGACAUAAACUUGUAAUGGCAGACAUUGGGGAGGUGAGAAAGGUGGUGCUGUACCAUCCACUUUCCCGACCUUAAAGGAUCCGAGUUAACUGCAUUAGAUAAAUGUCCUUCUGUUUGGUGUGGUAAGGCCGCUGAGGUAGAAGUUGGAGUUAUAUAGGACCUCUCUUAGGUUGAGGUCAGUUGUGAAUGAUCCCAUUUGACAGACCUGCAUUCGUGUAUCUGAUUAGCUGAAAGGUUUUCAGGUGAAGCUGACAGGAAGUUUAAGCUUUCAUACUUUAUGGCAAAAAAUGACAAGUGAUUACCAAACCUGAGGUUCAUAAAAUUUUGUCGUUUAGAAAAAUUUUAAAGCCAAAUUUGUGUUCUUUUUAGGAAAUAAAGAAUACCAAGAUACAUGGAUAUUCAUGUAAUCAUUAUAUACAUGGGCAAUAGUCCAAAGACCUUCUAACUUAUUCUGGGCAGACCAUGCACACAUCUUGAAGAGGGUGCAGAAAGCUCUUAAGCAUUUUUUCCCUGAGGUUAAAGGAGGGACAGCCAACCAGGAAGCAGCCAUCAUUGAUGUUAGGUUUCUUGGCAGACUUGGUUCUCAGGGACCUUCAGAUGUGAGGGAGUUGGGCAGUUCUGAACAGGAGCGGCAUGGUAUAAACAGCGAGCGGCCUUCCAGUGUUUAUAUUUACGCUGAAGUCCUGAUUAACAAGGCUCUGUUUCUUCACUCCCAGUGGCUUCUUCCUCAGCUAUUUUAUUUUUUAAAAAAACACGUGAUUUUUAUUUUGCCAUUGCAGUUGCCAUCUUUUUUCCCCCUAACAAGACUAAAUACUCAGGACAUUUUUGGAAUACAAAAUGCAAAUUUUAUGGUAUGUAGCAGAGUUAGUGAAAUAUACUGUUCUCAUUUUGGCCCCAGAUUUGUGUUUCUCCUAGUCUGCUCUAGCAGCAUAGAUAGAAGUAGACUCGGAAAUAAAACAAAGGAAUUACAUGUAUUAAAGUUUAAAUUAUUUAGGGAAUGAGUAUUUAUUUUUUGGAUAAGAUUGUAUAGUGAGAUGUGACAGUAUAGCAUGUGAUUUAUGAUAGCAUUUGGGCCCUAUAAGAAAUGUUCUAUGACCAUUAUAUAUCCGACAUGAGCUGAUUCUCCUCAUGCAGUGUCCUAGUGUGAGUGCUCACUGCAAGUCAUUUGUAACUUUCCAUAGCAACGCUGUAACAAAGUUGACUAAGGUUUGGGUUCUUUUGGUUUUUUGGUUUUUGUUUUGUUUGUUUUGGGUUUCCCUGAGAUAUUGUAGCAUCCUUACUUUUUCUUCUUCUGUAUAUAGGGUAAGGGACUGUUCUUCUGAAGAACCAUUCCAUUUAGUGAUCAAGAUACGGAAGCUGCUCUGAGAAAAUGUUGUGUAUUCUAAUUGUUCAUGAUACCAUUUGAGUUGUGACUUACAUUGUAGCAGCAAAUGAUCCCAAACAACUUAAUAGGAAGCUUAAUAAAGUGUGCCUCUUGCUACCA